GAGUACGCACAGAACAGAGCGUCCCGUCGACUCCGCGCGCCAGUCGUCCCGCCGACUCGUCGCGUCAGUCGUCCCGCGGCCGCUAAUACUACAGCCGGCGUCCGACCGGAGCGAUCGCGGGCGAACGCGUGUGCUUGUGCGUGUGUCCCGUCGUAUAUGUCCGCUUCGGUCCGUAAUAAUUUCACAGUUGUAGUAUUUUGUACACACGCGCCAGAUAAUAAUAAUAAUAACAACACCACGAAAUAUUAUGCAUCACAAUAUUUCGUCACGUAAUACACGCCACGAUAUGACAUUAUUAGCACCACGCGAUAAAUAUMAUUUGUAAUAAUAAUUAUUAUAUUGUUAAAUAUUAAUAGUACACGCUACCAAUAAUAUUAUACUGUUGAACGCGGCGCGGUCCGACCGCUGCGCGCCGCAUAACCGUCACCAUGUCGGCGGUCACCGCGCCGGACUGUCUCGUUGGUCUGUUGUACGGAGGCAAUAUUAUCACUGUCGUCCGGUAACCGCCGCCGCCGUCACCACAGGUCGCCACUGGCCCACGCGUCAUCCGCGGUGAUGGCGUAACCGCUGCACCGGACCAAGACUGCACACCGACUUGCAAUAGGUACACAUCGUGGGACCUGUACAAUGAUAUUGGAGACUUUUCACAUGACUAUUGAACCAUCGGCAGGUUUACCAAAAUAUAAUCUAUCACUUCCAGACCGUUUYGGGCAAAAUAAUAUUCAUCAUAAAUAAAAUAGAAGGCAUUUGCUGUAUUAUGUAAGCAUAAGUAAAUGAUGUAGGUAUCCUAAUCGGGUGAUGCUGAGUGAUGAACRGCGAUCAAGAGUUGGUGACCGUAUUGGCAGUCUGUGGCGUGGCUGCCCUAGCCAUGUUCAUAAACGGAUACGUCUUAUUAGUUAUCCUACUUAGCAAACGGACGAGUUCACCGAUCAACGUAUUGCUUACGCAUUUGAGCGCUGUGGAUUUGAUUAUUUGCAUCGCUGUACUCCUGUCCAUCUUACCGGAGACAUUUAAUCAAUACGAAAAAGUCGCUCCAUGGUUGUGUCCUGUUCACGGAUUUCUGUUUAAUUUCCUGCAUCCAAUGGCCAUUUGGACAGUCUGCGGUCUUAAUUGUGACAGAUAUUAUGCAAUUGCGGCACCAUUGCAUUAUGGAACACUUGUAAAUAGCCGCAAAAUCAUGUUUGGUCUCUGCGGCACAUGGAUUGUAUGCUUGUUGAUCUCAUUACCACCAGUUUUCCGGUUAGUUCCUUACACUUAUCAACCGGGCUUACCUGUUUGUACGACAGAUUUCAGCAAAGGUCGAGCAACUAUUUUUUAUAGCAUUUUCUAUACGACUAUUACUUUAGUACUGCCUGGCGUCAUCAUACUUGGAUGCAACAUAAAAGUGUUCACGAUCGCCCGGUACCACAGGCACCGCAUAGCGUCGGCGAUAUUCGAAGUGACGCUGUCGGCACAGGUGACCAUCACGCACCAGCGAAAUCCGUUCUUCCUGCCCACGGCGAUGGCCAACAAACUGCGCCGGAGCAACGCGUUUUCCGCCGUGUUCCAGAUCGUCGGUUCGCUGGCCGUGUUCUACCUGCCAUACUACGGCGUGUGCCUGUACGAGUCACUGUGCGCGGCCAUUGGCGCCGCACCGCGCACCGACCCAGCCGUCAAGUCGCUGUCGUUCGCUCUCAUCACCGGUUCGGCGCUUUGCAACGGGCUUCUGUACGGCAUCAAGAACAAGCUGCUGAAGACGACGUACCACAACUACCGGCGCGAUAUGAUGACAAUGUGCGAGGUGAACCAGGAGAUUCAGGCGCGGACGCCUUCGGCGUGCGGGUCACGCAGACCGUCACUGACGCCGGUGGCCGUGGCGGCCGGCUACAGCAGUAAAACACCUGUGGUUCCAGCGGCCGCGCCACUGCUGCUGUGCAGCCGCCGGUCGUCUCUGAUGAGCCUGUCCGAGGCAGGUGAACCGCCUGCCGCGAUGGCGGCCAGACGUUUGCCCGGUGCCACAUGUUCGGCCAACGCUCUGGAUUUUGGUAACUUUUACGUAGACGUCCAUUUCGACGGUGGCACCGGUGGUGCAGGUGUCGAUGGGGCUGGCGGCGAUGGUUCAUCAAUCAGGCGGUGCUACUCGUCAACCACCAACGACGACGGAUCCGAGCCGGGUGGCCGGAGCGCCGUGGCCAACCGCAGCGCGUUCGUACGGCGCAUAUUGCGCGACUCGCGACGGUCGCCCAGGAUAUUGAUCACGAGGGCUAUGUCCGAGGARAACGAACCUUACUCGUCGGAACAGAGUGGCGGGGCCACGGCCAUCUGUGGCCGGAAGGACCGCMGGGUUGGCGUGCAUAAUUUUUCGUCAUCCGCCGUCACGCUAUUUAUCGACGACUGCAGGCCAAACAGCGGCCGCGUCCACUGUCCGGACGUCGACUACGACUUCGACCACGAUUGCGGCAGCGGCGUUGGCGGUGGCGACGAUGACGACGAAGAUACUUCGCUGGCCUAUUAUAGUAGCCCGUCGUCCAGCAACGACGGAAGCGGUUGCACGGCGAACGGCGGCCUUACGCGGCUGACCAGGCUGUCCACGUGAGUCCCAGUAGUGGCAGCGAUUCUGACAAGCAGUAUUAAUUUUUCCCCGGUGAUUUGGUUCUCUUCUCAUCRCCAUCUUAUCGCACGCAUAAAAAUGACAURUUUUGAACUGAAGCUGAAUUAUAUUGGUUCCCGUGUUAAUUACUUAUAUAUUAUAAUCUCGAACGAUUCUCUUGGAGUCAAAACUGUGCGUCUCUGCGCAACUAUACGACAACUUUAAUAUGCCGAUGCCGAUCCGUUGAGUGAACUCCAGUGAUCACCGUGGACGAAAAAAUAAUAUUUUACUAUAUCGCAACAAUUAAGACGUGCAAUAAUAUAAAUCGGCUCCGAAGAAUAUAAUAUAACGCGUAUAGGAUAGCCAAACGAAACCAUGUUGAUGAUAAUGUUACUGCUAUAUCUAUACUUGAACCUAUUUAUGCUA